ACGCCUUUAGAAAUCGGACUAUUGCUGCAACAUUUGUCGCGAAAACAACGACUGUUGCUAACAUUUGCUUCUAGAACUUGGCCGACUUCCAGAAGGUAUAAAAGGUCGAAAAGAUUAAACACCCAGCCACCCAGGCUUACAGUGGACGACAAGGUCUUCUCUACACAAAAUCAGAUGGCACAACCAAAGUAUCUGGCUCUUUUUUUGCUCUUGCUCAACGUACUCUCCAGCCAUGGUUUAAUGUUUUCAAAAAUAAUCAGCAUGGAUAAUUAUUGUUCCGAGAGUUAUACCGUGAAACAUUCGGUUGUCAUUCAGAACUCAUUGGUACAACGCAAGGACUGCUCCAUCACCCUCACACCCGACUCAGGCAACAUAUUGGUUGCGAGUUUCCACAACUACAAGCAAGACAACGUAGGAACUGUUAUUGGUAGCGCCAUAACCGGAGGUGAAUGUCAGGAGUACGUCAAGUUAACUAGCAGAACCAACGGGAAUUUGUUGGGCACCAAUGGUUAUUGUAGAAAGGAGAAGCCUGCGGAUCAGUACAAUCUAGGGUCAUCUGCUGUUUUUGAGUACCACCGAGACAGUCACCUUCUGAUUAGAUCAUUGAGCUAUAGUCUGCUGGUCUCUGAAGUUUUUAUUAAAGAUCCCAAUAAAAACUGUACCGAUGGAACCUUCGACUGUGACAGAUAUAACUACUGUGUCAGUGACGAGGUCAAGUGUAACAUCUAUGACGACUGUGGCAAUAGGGAGGAUGAGACUGUGGGCUGUACAGGUAGCUUCAUAGGCUACAGUCCAGUGUUGAUGCUACUCGCAGCUGUGCACUACUUACGUUCUCUUUCAAUGUAAUCGAAGCAUUGUGUAGAAGGCUUGGUAUUUGUUUUAUUGCUUGAUUAAUGUUACACAAAUCAAUAACCCAAUGAACGAAAUAUAAAUGUUCAGUGAAUAUUUUAGGAUAAGUUAUCAUAAAUUUAGAAAAUCAAUGUGAAUUUUUUUUAAGGUGUGAUAUAUAUUUGAUUCGUUGUUGGUCAGUUGGGGAAAUGUUUGGGCUUGAUGUCACGUGAUGACGUGACGAUGACGGCGUUGUUUGGUUGACAUUAAUUUAACAUAAAUAUACGAGAGUGUAUGCCAGUAAAAUUAUCUAUUGGUAAAUAACUUCGGUAAAUUUAAAAUAAAUUGCUUUUGCUUAUAUAUUUUAACAAAAUAAAAUAUGUUUCUAAAACU